UAUAAGCAAUUUUUUAUAUAUUAUCUACUCUUAUCUUGGAAGAUGUCUAAUCUAAUAUGUCAACUCAUAAAAUUUGCUCAUGUCUAGUACAAAGGCUUCCCUGCUUCCGCUCAUUCCUACUACCAUAUUCCCCAUAUUUCAUUCCAAAUCCAUUUUCUUCAACUGUUCAUCCGUUUCAUCUGUUCUUCCACCAUCCUUCAUGACUCCUUUUGAGAAGAUCAGCGAUAUCAACGACUUGAAGGAACUGCGGAAGGUGGCGGUUUGCAUACGUCAUAAAUGGUCGGUUAUUACGAACAACAAGGAAUACUUUAAAAUGAACGUCGUUGACAAAUAUGCUGGAAUUACUGAUCCCUUAGAAUUCCCAUUGGCACUUGAUGUGAUGUUGGGUUUAGAGAUUGCCUUUAUAGUUAAGUGGCAACCUCGGUGGGAAAGUUGCUCCAUUGUCAUGAUUCUUCAGGAUAAGCCUUUCAUCAAACAACUAAAGUCUCCAUGGGAACCAACCCAGGUAACAAUGUCUCAACCACCUAUAGCACUACAACUGUUGCAGGUAUUCUCACAGUUUAUCCGUGCACUUAGUCCUAAUUGAUUUUAGUCGCUAAAAUGUUCAACCAAAUGACAGUCUAAUAUUAGUUUUACUGUUUAUAUUAAAUAGAGUGAUGAUGAGGCAAAGUCUGAUGUUGUUGAAGAGUGGAAAGUUGUUAAAAUAUCCAUAUAACUUAUGCCACACUGUUUUUUUUAUUAUGUUGUUCCAUAAUUUUUGUUUUGUUUUCCAAAUUUCCUAAUAAUAGGAUCUCGAAAUUACAUCUAAACAUAACCCAUAACCAGUCAUACUAAUUGCAAA